UGGUGAAAUUUGUAAACAAGAGCAAGAAGAAAUUGUUUUUCAAAGUUGAUACUAUUGACAGUGCACCUAGCAUCUGUGAAUCAUAUCUAUCAACAAUGUUCAAAUUAUUCAGCCUGAAUGCCAACACUUUGGACACUUGGUUCUAAUCACAUACCUAACGCUCUAACCUAAUUUUUCUGUGUAAAGUUGUGAAACAGUGCCUUCUGGAUUGAGAACUUAUGCGCACUAAUUUCAUCAUCAGGCAUACUUUGAAGAAAUGUUGCAAUCCAACUUCAUACACAGAUUGGACAUCCCUUGUGCAUGACCAUUGCAUGUGGUGAAAAAGGAGGGCAUACCAUCCCCAACUGUCACUGUCCUCUAAUACAUAGCACCAGCUAAAAUGCAGCCCCACUGGUGAUGAGUUGGUUGACAUUUGUAAGCAGCUGAAAAUCACCCUGACUACUGUCAAAUGAUUGACUGCUGCUGCGCAUCAUUGUGUUAGAAGAGCUCCUGAAAGGUGAUCACAUCACAAAUGUCACAGCCACAGUCAGCUACUCUUGAUGGAUUACCAAAACAGUUUGUUAUUGCAAUGAGAACCUUGUUUGAUAUCAUGGAUGACAAACGGACUGGCUAUGUGAAAUUUUCAGAGAUUGAAAAUCGUUGGCAGGAUGAUGGCACAAAAGGCUUACCAAAAGGGGUUAUUGAUAGCUUGCAGAAAGUAACACCUCCAAAUGGCCUUCUGUCAUUUGAAAGAUUCUGUGCAGGUUUAAAAAUUUGUCUACUUAGGAAUCAAGUUGAGAGUACGAGGAUACAAAUGAACAAGCAGAUCACAUCUGAAGUUCCUAUUUCAUCACAACCUGUAAGACCACCAUCAGCACCAUUGUUGGAUAAUGAAUCAUCACCAAAAGCUCACUGGCCUACAACCAAUACUGCAACUGUUCGUCCCAAUGUUAUGCCUCAACAAAGAACAUUAAGUAUGCCACAGCUAAUAGUCGAAAGGAAAGACACUGUUCAGACAGAUGUCAGUGAGUUUCAUAACUAUAACAGUGAUGCAAAGCUUACCAUUCCAAAUGUAAAACCUAGUACUGCUCUGUAUGCUCCACCGAAACCACCUCGAACAGCAGCUGGUUUAGAAAGAGCUAUGCUUACCACAAAUACAGAUAGAAAUGGUGCCUCUGAAAGGAAUUUAGAUAAGGCUGAAAUCAGGACUGCAUUGCAGAACUGGCAAAUGGGUCUAAUGAUGAAUGAACAUGAAUUUGGAAAAUCGUCUAAUGAUAAAAAAUUUGGAUAUCCAAUUUCAGAGCAACGCUCAACAGUACGCGGAGGACGUAGUUCUGGGGAUGGAAAGCCUUCAGGGCAGCCUGAACAGCCAAACGUCCCUCACAAAAAAACAAGUGUACGGAGAAGGGAGCCAAGACGUCAUACUUUGCAGAAUGGCAUUGAUUAUAAUAUGCUCAAAAGGAUGAAACAAAUAGAGCAGGAAAAAGAUGUGCUGAUGCAAGGACUGCAAGCUGUUGAAAAAGCAAGGGACUGGUACCUCAAACAGGUUGCUGUCGUCCAAGAGAAGAUGAAAUACCUUGGUCGUAUGGGUUCGCAUAUGGAACAGUGGACAGAAGCCCAGCAGGAACGUUUAGAACUUCAACGUGCUCGUGUCUUGGAAGUCAAUAGGCAUCUGGCUACUUUGACAGAGAGCUGGGAACGUGGUGGACUUCCACUUCAUAUGAAUUUGGCAGUUCAUCAUACAAGCCCACCCUCUCAUGAUAUUCUGGCUCGACUUAAACAACAAAACCAUCUUCUGACUGAGGAAGUCAGUAGAAAAAGCGAAAGGAUUACAAUAUUAGAAAGAGAAAAGGCGUCGCUGAUGCGAGAAUUGUAUCAAACAAGAUCUCAGGGCAGAAGAGGUAAAGACACACAAGAUGACACUGCUUUCAUGUAAAGCACCAACUGCUGGACGUUCGUCUAAAAGAAGUUUUAAGUAUAAUGAAGUGUUUGCACUCGAUACGUUGGAAGAUAAAGAUUUGAUCGCUAUUGAACUUCUAUUUACUGUGUGAGGAGCGGAGAAGAGAAGAGGAAACUUUUUACUAUGAACAGUGCUCAUUAAAAAAUAUUUGCUGCCAAUUUGAACACUGAAACUAUACAACAGUAUAAAACUCAGUAUUUAAGAUAUUUACUUAUUUUUACAGAAACUAACACUACAGAAGUGCAAUGUAAGUUAUGAAAGUACAGCUUCAAUGUUUCGAGUUGCCUGUGAUGCUACCGUACUUAAUGUUAGUUGUCAGUAUAGGAUUCACAAUACUAUUGAUCAAAUCCACCUUUAAUUUUUUAAUGAAAUAAUGGUACAUGUGGAUAUACCUGAACGUUUCGAAACAUUGCACAGUGAAGAAAAAGAAAAUUAAAUUCUUUCACCGAAGGUAAUGGAAAAAGCAGACCAGGAGUAUUUCAACUGUAUUUUCAUCUCACUACCUACCAUUUAGUUGAGCUACUAAAGCUAGACGAUGUUAUAAAGUUUACAUAUUACAUUUUAUAUCUAUCAGUAAAAUUAUUAAUAAAAAUGUUUUAUAAAAAA